UUCUUUAACGACUCAGGCGUACGUUAGACUCACCGGCCGAAGAAAAAUCGAAGUCUUCUUCCAUUACCAAAUACCAAUUUACCAUUAGGGAGGGCCAACUGCCCAACACUUUGCCGUUCCGCCUCUUAUCCUCUCCGACGAUGAGAAAACGGUUUGGAAGCCGGAACCCAAGUUCCGACGUUCGGAGAACACCCGACCGGUCGAGUCUCGGCAGUAGAACACCUGACAGAUCGAGUUUUGCUCCUAGCUCCCCUUAUUCUGACGUCUCUAGUGUUCGCAGAAUGGUUGCCGGAUGGAAUCCGGUGAAGAUUGCAGCGAGGUCGUUUGCGGAUGUGAUUGGUGCGUGCUUUGCUCCCGAGCUGAAAUCAUCUAGAGGUGGAGGCCCUUACUCUAAUGAAUUUCGCGCUCCUUCUGUUGCGUCGGAAAGUUCAGUUUCUGGUAGAGAAAAGAGACGCAGUUCAAACCGAGGGGUCAAUUCUAGGUCCUACAAUUCAACCCAGACAAUGGAACCUGGGAGUGUGAAAUUCACUAUCGCAGAGAUCUACAAGGCUACCAGGAACUUCUCCCCCACUUUAAAGAUUGGACAAGGAGGGUUCGGUACAGUCUACAAGGGUCGAUUUGAGGACGGAACCCUCGUUGCAGUUAAACGUGCGAAGAAGUCUAUCUAUGAUAAGCAUUUGAGCGUGGAGUUUCAAAGCGAGAUCCGGACAUUGGCACAAAUCGAGCAUUUGAAUCUGGUCAAGUUCUAUGGGUAUAUAGAGCAAGAGGAUGAAAGGAUUGUCGUUGUUGAGUAUGUUCCCAAUGGAACCCUUAGAGAACACUUGGAUUGCUUGCAUGGCAACACUCUCGACCUUGCUGCAAGGCUGGAUAUCGCCAUUGAUGUGGCUCAUGCGAUUACAUAUCUUCACAUGUACACUGAUCAUCCUAUUAUUCACAGAGACAUCAAGUCUUCGAAUAUCCUUCUCACAGAGCAUCUUCGUGCCAAAGUGGCUGACUUUGGUUUUGCUCGCUUGGCUGCUGACGGUGAUACGGGACAGACACAUGUAUCUACCCAAGUUAAAGGAACUGCAGGAUACUUGGAUCCUGAGUAUAUGAGAACUUACCAGCUCACUGAGAAAAGUGAUGUCUACUCUUUUGGGGUGCUGUUGGUGGAACUAGUCUCAGGCAGGCGACCCAUUGAACCCAAACGGGAACUCAAGGAACGGGUAACUGCUAGAUGGGCAAUAAAGAAAUUCACCGAUGGUGAUGCUAUUCUCACGUUAGACCCAAGGCUAGAACGGACUUCUGCUACUAACUUAGCAAUAGAAAAGAUUCUCGAGCUAGCCUUGCAAUGCUUGGCUCCAACCAGACAGAAUCGGCCUAGCAUGAGGAGGUGUGCAGAGAUUCUAUGGAGCAUCCGUAAGGAUUACAGACAGGUGUCAGCGUCAGACUUCCGCUCUCUCUCCUCUCAUUCCCACAGAAGUGCUUCCACAAGAGAAGAGUAAGAGAUCCAGCGUGUUAGCUUUAAAUUUUUAAUUCAGAGCUGCAUCAGAGAUUUAGAAUUACAAAUUACUGAAGAUUGUUGAAGUUCCAGGAUGGAGAGAUUUGGGGAUUUUUUUUUUCUGUUCCGGGAUAAUCCACCCAUUUGGACCUCUACCACGAGGCUCUCAACUGAUUGGUUGCUUGCAGAUUUCAAGAAAAGGAUUGGCUCUACAUAUGAACUUCAAAUUUGUCAAAUGGAGUUUUGUAAUUGGUUUGCAUAAUUUAUUUAUACAUAGGCCUGUAAAUGUGUGCUUGUAUCGACUAUCAAUGGUUUCAUUUCCUUAUUUUACUAAUAUUUUUGGGGACUUGGGGGUCGGCUCACUCAAGCGUGUAAUGUCUUUAGAUAUUGUUGAUUUGAACCAUCUUCUUUUGGAUAUCAAGGUACCUAUCUUAAAAUUGCUUCA